ACCCUGAUGCUUCUCUCAGUCUGCUGGAGGAAACCUUUCACCUCCAGCACUCUGUGGCAUCAUCGCUCUAGCACACAUUCGUCACGUCUGCAGCGCUCGUGCUCGACCAACACGAUGACAAACAAGAAAAGACCAGCCGCAUUUCCUGGUGGAGGUCUCCAUAAGAAGGCCUAUGUGGGCCAACAAUCCGCGAAGGCGAAUGCCUCAACAACAGCAUCUCCCGCGAAUUCAACAGAAGGAAACGCUCCCCAACUCAAGAGAGAGAUGGACAUCUUUCUUUCGUCCUACCCAGAGGCAGAGGUAGUGAAGUCGAUUGGCUUCUAUCGUCGAGAUAUCUCUCAAAUAUUCGCAGAUCCCAUUAAAGCAGCCCAGACUGGCAGAGAGAUAACUCGAGAAAAGUUUGUUCGAUUCUCCACGUCCCGCAUUCGCGUAGCUACAAAGUUCUUGCGAGAGGCAGAGUGCUCCACGGAGCUACAGCAUUUUAUUCAUGAGGUUUAUCUCGCGUGGGCUCUUAAUGACUACUACUUUACUUCUGUCGCAAAUGGGACGCUACCCAGAAGUCCACAACACAUUAUUGGUAAUCCGCCACUCAAUACUUCGCCGUAUGUCAACAGUUCCAUGGACCUCGGCUUGACGCAGGCCGCACAGCCACAUCAACAACGACCAGGAUACCUCAGCCAAAGUGCGGCCACUCAGGCCCUCGCCGGUAUCCAAGCCUAUCCCCAGGAGAAUCAAAGUAGAUUCGGAUUUCAAGAUCUGCGUACUGGCCAACUUGAUCAAACCCCCAACAGUUCUAUGGACCUCGGCUUGACGCAGGCCGCACAGCCAUAUCAACAACGACCGGGUCACCUUAGCAAAAAUGCGGCCACUCAGGCCCUCGCCAAUAGUCAAGCCCAAUUACAGGCUUCACGUGGAAACCCAGUUGUCUUGGACAGUAGCUUAGCACAGCAACUCGUUGACACCCUCCUCUCGGCCGCCGCGGGAAGGCAAAAUGCUACUGAAAAUCAGCAGACGGAACCCAUACGUCAAGAUGCCCCCAACGUGAUCCAAACAGUAGAGGAUCAGUCCUCUCAACUUCCGCAUCUUAAUCAGGACAGCUCAUCAAGCUCGAGCAACCGUAGACGGCAACAGUCGUUUGUUCGGGAUAGCUUUGAGAGUCUAGGAACAACAAUCGAUGAUGCGCUCGCUGCAGAUUCUGGAGACCAGCACGGCGAUAACAGCUGGAACCAGGGGCAGACGGUUGGCAGCGCCAGCGAGAGUAAUGCUACAUAUCCUGUUUCACAAGACUGUAGCACGAACAUAACAAAAGGAUCUCACUCUGCUGCCACCCAAGACCCACCCCAGCCGAGUCGCUCAACUCGACUGCCCCGUACAUGUAAAAAAGGCACAGGAUAUUACACAAACUCAAACUACCCUGGCUACAAUGAUUCAGAUAGCAGAGCGUCUAAGGAGACAGAUUCUUCUCCUUAG